GGGCGCGCGGGCCGGGCUGGGCUGAGCGGGAGCGGCGCCGCCAUUUUGGUGCUCGGCGGCGGCGGCGGCGGCGGCGGAAUUGUCCGGGACGGUCCGGGACGGUCCGGGAAGUGAAACCCGGUCUCUUCCAGUUCAUCCCAGUCAAACCAGUUGCUGCCCUCACAGGUGCUGUCAYCAUGGAGUACGAGCGCAGGGGUGGCCGUGGGGACCGGACGGGGCGUUACGGGGGAGCCCCGCCCCCCCCCGAGGAUGGCUCCCGCACCCAGCGYGACCACGACUAUCGCGACAUGGACUAUCGCGGCUACGGGGGCCCUCCGGACGGACCCCCCGCUGCCGGGACCCCCCCGCAGGCGUCCUACGAGAGCACAGAGCCCCCCCGGAAGAGGGAGCCGCCCCGGGAYCCUCCCCGGGACCCCCCGGCGGCCACGGUGCUGCCGUUCGGCGCUGACGGUGAUUACCGGGACCAGGAUUACCGGGAGGGCCCCGAGGAGGAGCCGCGCGCCAGCACCAUUGUGAUGCUGCGGAUGCUGCCGCAGGAGCACCCAGGGGUGCUGUGCUGA